AUCGUUUUGUGGUUUCCUGUGUGGAGAGGAGCAGCACACUCAACAAGUUUGCAGACUCCGAUUUCUCGUCGUCAUCAGAUCAGUUCUUUGAGGAAUGCUGGAUUGACUGGUCUUCUAAUACAAAGAAGAUGAGCAAGAAGAACCCGCUUGUAUACUUGGAUGUGUCUGUAGAUGGGGAUCCUGUUGAAAGAAUGGUUUUUGAGCUCUUCUCAGAUACUGUUCCCAAGACUGCAGAGAAUUUCCGAGCACUUUGUACUGGAGAAAAAGGGAAUAGUCAGAAAACUGGAAGACCCCUACACUACAAAGGAUCCUUCUUCCAUCGCAUAAUCAAAGGAUCCAUGGCUCAGGGUGGGGACUUCUUUAAACGUGACGGAAGUUAUGGAGAAAGCAUUUAUGGUGGGAAAUUUCCAGAUGAAUCCUCCAAACUGAAACAUGAUGCAACUGGCCUUCUGACAAUGGCAAUCGCGGAUCGUGAUUCGCGUGGCUCUUUAUUCAACUUGACUUUUGGUGCUAAUCGUCAUCUUGAUAGGAAGUAUAUUGUCUUUGGGAAGCUUGUACAAGGACUUGAUGUGCUGAAGAAGAUCGAAAAUGUGGGUGAUGAAGAUGGAAGACCGACUGUGACUGUGAAGAUCAUAUACUGUGGUGAAAUUAGUGAGAGUGAGAAUCAGAGUUCUGAUAAGAAGCCAGCGAGCAAAUUAAAAACGGGCAAAGAUGUUUCUUCGGAGGUUCACAGCCAUGAAGUAAGGCGGAAGGGAAAGCACAAGAAAUCUUCGAAAGAGCGAAGGAAGAAGAGAAAAAGAUAUUCUUCAACAGAGUCAGAUAGUUCCUCAGACAUGGAAUCAGAAUCAUCUGAAUCUGAUAGUGAUUUUGACUCCGAUAUAUCAUCGUCAUCAUCAUCGUCUUCUGAUCUUAGCUCGUCAAGUGAUGAUAGGCGUAAGAGAAAGAAGAGAUCAUCCAGAAGGGAUCGACACAAACGUGGCAAAAAGAGGGACAAAAGACGUGAUAAGAAGCGCAGGAAGCGUGAUAAGAAGUCCAAACGCCGAUCGAAAAGGAUGUCUGAUAGUGUCAGCAAGAGUAUGAGUGAAGGUGAACAUGGCUCUGAGGAUAAUGGUGAUGUCAGAAAGCCAAAUCGGAAGCAUAAUAACUUGGCUAAGAUCACUGAUGGAAAUCAGUCUCCUUCAGCUGAAGUUGAAGAUGGUUCUGUUCGUCAUAAAACAGGAGACGCAUAUGAUGAACAUGAAAGGGAGGAGGGAGAGUAUCCCAAGGAAAAUGGUGAUCGGCCAAGCAAUGGUGUAGACACAGUGAAAGGUGCAGAGAGACCUGAUGUAGUAGAUGAUCAUCCAGGAAAUUCCAGAAGUAGAAGCAAAAGUCCUCGAAGGGCCUUGAGCAAGAGCAUGAGUAUCAGCCCUAGGAAGAGUAUAAGCAAGAGCCCGAGUGUGAGCCCCAGGCGUAACUUGAGCAGGAGCCCUAGUGCCAGUGGGAGCCCUCGACAUGCCUCCCCGCUAAAGAACAGGAGCCUGAGCCGGAGCCGGAGCCCGGUUAGAAGUGAAAGCAGCAGCAAGAGUCCAGUUAGAAGCAUUAGCAGAAGUCCUGUGAGGGGUAAAAAGUCAAGAAGCAUAAGUCCAAGCCCAGUUAGAUCACGAAUCCGUAAAAGUGUUAGCAGAAGCCCUACACCAUCACCACCAAGGAGGAGUCUGAGUAAAAGUCCACUGCGAACGUCAUCAAGGAAGUCCUCACGGAAGUCAGUGAGCAGAAGCCCCGUUAGGUCUUCUCGAAGAAGCUACAGCAGAAGCCCUGUGAGAUCCUCUAAACGAAGCUUGAGUAGAAGCUCGGGUAGAGCCCCUUUAAGGAGAAGCCCUAGCAGGAGUCCAAUCCGAGCACCCGCGAGGAGCAGCCGUCGCAGUUAUUCUAGGAGUCCCGUAGGUGGACGCAGGGCUAGGUCACCUUUAGGUGAUCGUGGAAGGAGCUUAUCUAGAAGUGCUUCUCCUGAUGGGUCACCCAAGCGUAUCAGAAGAGGGAGGGGUUUCAGUAACCGAUACUCUUAUGCACGUCGAUACCAUUCUCCGGAUCGUUCUCCAGUCAGAUCUUAUCGGUAUGGCAGGAGUGACCGUGACAGGUAUUCUAGCUAUAGGCGCCGCAGCCCUCUGAGAGACAGAAGUCCACCAAGAUACAGAGCAAGAAGAAGCAGGACCCGAAGUCCAAGUGUAUCACGAAGCCCUGUGCGCUAUCGUCGCCGCUACAGUCGUAGCCGUUCUCCUGUGGAAACAUCUCGAUACCGCCCUUCGCCACCAGUGGAGAGAAGAAGGGCGGCUCGUAGCAGAACCCCACCUUCUCGAAGCAGGAGCCCAUAUGAAGCAAGAUCUUCUCCCUCUCCAUCUCCCAGAAGGACCAGCAAGUCAAAGUCAAAAUCGAAGUCAAAAUCAGUAUCAGGAUCGAGAUCAAGAUCUAGGUCAUCUUCUGGAAGCCCACCUGGUAAGAAAGGACUGGUGUCUUAUGGAGAUGGCUCUCCUGACUCUGGUCAGAAGUGAGGAAAUGAUUUGAGGCAUCUGAAGUGGAAGUGAUUUAUAGACUCGGUUAUGUAGGGGGUGUGUUUUGAAUAAUUUGACUAUUUUAUGCACUGUAUUUCUCUCUCGUCUAUGGAGGUGCCUGCUAGACUAGUUGGAUGUGUUUUUCAGAGGUUAGACUUGUGUUUUUAAAGCUUCUGUUAUCAAUUUUUAUCACCAGUGCAACCUAAACAUUAUUAUUGUUAUGGUUAUGGACUUGUAUGUCUGGCAUCUUUUUCAGCAUUGUGCAUAUACAGUUAUACAUCCUUUAAAGGGUCAUCGGCCUGGUGGUACCUGGGUAGACCCUGGUUCAAACGUCAAAAAGCGAGGAGAGUUGCAUAAGUAUGGGGUUGUUUGGAUUGUUUUCCAUUAUAUCUUAUGUGAUAAAACUGUAUGUAUGGAUUAAUAUGUUUGUAAAGAUUGUGAAGGUUUUGUUUAGGAGGGUUUUUUCAGAGAUGGGAAUAAGGAGUGC